AUGACACACUUUAAAAAUUAUUUGGCAAAGCGGCUUGUCGCAGCAAAUGCUAGCUUAUCGCGGCAUACUAAUUUCUUCCGAUUACUCAAAGUGUUGCUGACGGUAUAUUUAGCGACAAGUACAGGCUUUGGGACGAAUUUGGCGGUUGUUGAGGGACAUCCAGUAAGCAGCCAUAUAGCCACCAUUGGAAAUGCUUUUCAAACACAAGACAAACUAUGCUCAAUGGACCACAUUGACGGUCAGGGAAGUUAUAGGAACCUAGUAAGUACUUUAGCGGGGAUUGACGUGCGCACUUUGGGUCAAAGCAAGAAAAUGUACACAGGAUUUAAAUUUCACAAGACUUACCAAUUCGGAGGGCUUUUUAAGAAAGUACAGCCUUCAUUGAAAAUGACUUACUGUAACGAGGGCAGAAUCAAAUGGCAAACGGACUAUUCUUUCGCAUCUGACUUAAAUUGGAACGAGCCCAUGUGUGUCUACGAUUUUUCUGCAGUUCCAAUUGUGGGUGAGACCAAAAAGUUUUGGAAAACAUUUAAGAAACCUAAACCUGAUUCAAAUGCUAACAUAAAAGUGAGCCCCAAAUUGCUAGCCAGCCAGGACCUUGACAAUUUUCACUGUUUCAAGUUAGUGCGCCGUCAAAAAUACGUACACCGUAAUGUGUCUUUGUAUAUGCCUAACAAACAAAUUGGGGGAUUGUUUUACUGUGACAUAAGCAAUGGCGCCAAGAAAGAUAUUUUGAGUCAAAUGACUGACAAUUUGCAUAUGGCAAACCUCAAAGACUCCACAUUCUGCAACUCAAGCAAUGCAAUUCCUUUGCAACCGUUAAUUUCUGACAGCUAUCGUAAGCACUGGACAGAGAUUAAAUCGGGAUCGAAACUCCCAUUUCUAAGACGGGUCUCGAGGACCAACAUGAAGAAAGUCGUACCAUUUAUGCAUACGCCACUCGCGACUUCCGGUAUUGGCAACUUUAGUAUUAGAACCAAUGCAGCUUCUAAUCAGACCAUCUCGGAGACACCGAAUUUUUCUGUUGCUUCUUUCCUCAGACUAAGCUUUAAUUCGAAGAGCGCUAACAAACAAUGGUUUGCUGAAAUAGAUCCCAAUGAAGAAUAUGAAAUCGAUCGCCAGAAUUUGUCGAACAAAGACCGAUUAGAGGAUUCAAUGCACCAAAUGGAACAAUUUUUAAUCCGAGCCAACUUGCGCAACAGAAAAAUUAUAGAAAUCGAUAGUGGACCUACUACGAAACUGUCAAUUUAUGGCAAGACAAGCACCACUGUAAACCACCUUAUAUCUAAAGGGAAGAAAGCCAAAAAGUUAUUCAAACCACUUGGGAAAAACAAUUAA